CUCAGUCUCUCUCCGCUUUCCCUGUAUAUCCGCUUCCCCCUCUGGCCGGGAGAGCCAGUCACUUCCCGCGAGCUGGACCGGCUCCUGCUGGGACGCGCGGAGACGGGGCGGCUUCCAGCAGGAGCAAGCCCGCGGCUCAGCAGCUCUGCAGCCCGGGCUGGUGUUGAAGGACACAGGAAGUGGCUGGAGCAGCAGAGCAGGUUGGAGCGGAGGGUGCUGCUGGGAGGAAGGAGGCAGCAAUCGAGGAGAACAAAGAGCUGAGCUGGCUGCUGCUUGUAUUGGGGUCAGAGAGCCGGGCUAAGCAGCUGCUACUUCUCCUGUGCUGGGGGAGACCUGCACUGCAACUUCCAAGGGGGGCUUUCUCCAGCGGAAACCAGCCCCCUGAGGCAGCCCAGGGCUCUGCCCACCCCAGCCCUGAGCCAAAGACUGCGGGCUGCAGAGGAGCGUCCCUGUUUCACACCAGCUUGGCUCAGCCUCCCAUGGGACAGGGAAGGGGAAUGGCUGCAGUGGAGCCAGUUCAGGGGCCGGUGACCUUCAAGGAGGUGGCUGUGUAUUUCACCAAGGAGGAGUGGGCUUUGCUGGACCCUGCUCAGAGAGCCCUCUACAGAGACGUCAUGCAAGAAAACUAUGAGAAUGUGACCUCGCUGGGGUUUCCAGUUUCCAAAUUCGAUGUGAUCUCCCAGCUGGAACAAAGGGAUGAGCCAUGGGUCUCAGAUCUCCAUGGCUCUGAAGAAAGAGAGAUCCCAAAAAGUGCCUGCACAGGUGAGGGGAUGGUAAAUGAGAACAAGGAGCCGAAUCCUCAGCCAGAAGAUGCUGAGCAAGUGGAACUGCAUGGGGCAUUAGUGCAAAGAUCCCAGUUGAUUGUGUCCAGGAGUCAUGAGCAGGGAAAAGCCUGUAAGAGUCAGCACAGACCAGAGAGGCAGCAGGGAACCCAGCCAGGGGGAGAAAUGGGUAACUCCAUUAGUUAUCGGAGAGUUUACAAAGACCACAAGGAAAUCAGAGCCCAGAAGAGAAUCUCCCUGGGAGACAGAAACAACACAUGUGCUGUGUGUGGGAAAAGUUUCAGUAGCCACUCACACCUUACUAAACAUGAGAGAAUCCACACAGGAGCCAGGCCCUAUAAAUGCUGUGUGUGUGGGAAAAGCUUCACUCUGAGCUCACACCUUAUUAUACAUCAGCGAAUCCACACAGGAGACAGGCCCUAUGAAUGCUGUGAAUGUGGCAAAAGCUUCACUGACAGCUCAACCCUUAUUAGACAUGAGAGGGUCCACACAGGAGAGAGACCCUAUGAAUGCUGUGAGUGUGGGAAAAGCUUCACUCAGAGCUCAGCCCUUGUCACACAUCAGAGAAUCCACACGGGAGAAAGACCCUAUGAAUGCCAUAAGUGUGGGAAAAGCUUCAGUCGGAGCUCAACUCUUAUUACACAUCAGAGCAUCCACACAGGCGAGAGACCCUAUGAAUGCUGUGAGUGUGGGAAAAGCUUCAGUCAAAGCUCAUCGCUUAUUACACAUCAGAGAAUCCACACAGGAGAAAGACCCUAUGAAUGCUGUGAGUGCAGGAAAAGCUUCAGUUACCGCUCAGACCUUGUUGCACAUCAGAGAAUCCACACAGGAGAGAGACCCUAUGAAUGUUGUGAGUGCAGGAAAACCUUCUCUCGGCGCUCACACCUUAUUACACACCAGAGAAUCCACACAGGAGAGCGACCCUAUGAAUGCUGUGAAUGCGGGAAAAACUUCCGUCAGCUCUCAGCCCUUAUUAGACAUCAGAGAAUUCACACAGGUGAGAGACCCUAUGAAUGCUGUGAGUGCGGGAAAAACUUCCGUCAAAGCUCAGCCCUUACUGCACAUCAGAGAAUCCAUACAGGCGAGAGAUCCUAGAGAUGUUCUUAGUGUGGGAAAAACUUCCAUCAGAGCUCAGCCCUUAUUUAUCAUCAGAGAAUCCACAAAGAAGACAAACACCAUUAAAACCUUCUCUAAGGCUGACAAAAUAUAUAUA